GUCAUGUGAGCGCAUGUGCGAACGUGACAAGUGGAACAGCAGCAAAGGAGAGACGAGGAGAUAGGCAGACUGGCAGAAAACAGGCAGCAAGACACUAGUCUUUUGCACUUUACGUGGAGCUUGACGGGGAAGCUUCACCACCAUGGCGAGUGUGCUAUGUCGUAGAGCGAGACUGGUGUCAAAAAUCUCCGGGAUUCAAGUGUCCCAGAGGGCGACAACACCUUCACGAGCGUUCUCCGCUGCAUCAUCCGAUGAGCCCUAUGUAGUUGUAUCAAGACAAGACACAGGCCCCAGAACCAUCUGGCCCGAUGAGCACAUGGGCCCCUUUGGUCCCCAGGAUCACCGCUUCCAGUUGCCUGGCAACGUGGGCUUCGCGUGUCACCUAGAAGGGACAGGGACCCAGCCCCUGAAGGGACCGGUUCACCGCACGGUACCGGACGUCCUGUCAUCGCCCUCGAGCAGCGAGAGACACGAGUUUGUGUUGGCACAGUUUGUGUCAGAGUUUCAGGGUAAAGAAGUUCCCUCAGUGGCUCAGCGGGUAGGCAGAGCGGAGCACUACUUUGACCACACCAACAUCGAGUGCACCAUGCAUCGCUGCCCAGAGCUGCUCAAGAAAGAGCUGGAGUUGUUUUUCCCAGCAGCCCCUGCUGGUAGUCUGACAGUUGUCACGGUGACACAGAAGUCCCUGGCGAUGGAGGCAGACGGCCUGGACCUCGAGAGACAACAGCUCCUAGACAAGUUUGUUAGCGGCGCCAGAGAACUCUGCUUCACCUUAUGGAGAGGAGGGUUUUGGGCAGACUUCAUAAAUCCCACCACAGGACAGGCGCACUUUGGCCACACGUCCAGUGACAGCGUGCUGCGUAUGGACGAGCCGGCGCGUCACCUGGGCUUCCACAUCGAGGAGCUGGGAUCCUGCAAGGUCAUCCGCCAUGUCCUGACGGGCACGCAGGCCUUCACGGGGACGCUGUUCACCAACGCCCCUGCCGACUGCCACAUCAUGGAGAGGCUGCAGGGUCACGCCAGCACCUUUGAGGAGGCCGACAUUUGACGUGGGACACUUGGUGCUCGAGACAUUUCAGUGGAGCUCAGCUCACAAGACUUGACACACACACAAAUGCACACACACAUUCGAAAAUGCACACAGACUCCCUCACACUCUCACUCUCUCUCUCUCACUCGCACUCUCUCUCUCUCACACACACACACACACACACACACACACACACACACACACACACACACACACACACACACACACACACACACACACACACACACACACACAAGCAAACAAACACUUGCCCAAAACUGUGAUACGAUGUUCUCACAGUCGGCAAUUGAACUCUGGUUUUCUUUUAAAACAAUAAAAAAAAGACAACUAAAACACACAAAAAAACACAAUGAACUGUAAAUGUUCUGAGGGCAUCCUCAUUCAGUAUAAGUCCCUUC